CUCAGGGCUCAUUUUACCUAUCUUCAUCUCCCUUUCACUUCGCACCGGACAUUUUAUGUGAUUGUUCCUUCGUCUCCUUGAGCGCGGCCGGCGCAAGUUCACCUUCCAGGAAUCAAUCGGAUUCUGCUUUCGAAAUUCGAAAGUGUUCAUAGACUUGCAUGGUUUUCUGAUUUGUGUUCCGUUGUAUGAACAUGUAUUCCUCUCGAGGAAGCAGUGGUUAUGGUCAACAGCAGCCCUACUCUUCCCAAUCUUCCUACACCCCGCAAAACUUGGGAGCUGCGAGCCUAUUAGGGGGAGGUCAUAAAGAAGCAGAAUUGGGUGGAUAUAGAACUCAUGGUCAUGUUCAUGGGCACCCUUCAGGAGCAGCAGAAACAGUGUCAGUGCCUCCUCCACAGCAUUAUGGAGGGUUGUAUAAUUCGGUCUAUGGUUCCGGAGCACAGCAGAUUUCUCCAAUGGGAACAAAGGGAUCUGCAACAACUGUUUUAGAAGGUCGGAGUAAUUAUGGGUCAUCCAUUCCAGAGUCACCUAAGUUCACUGCUGGUGAAUAUGUCUCAUCAUCAAGUCGUGGCUAUGGUCAGAAAGUUGAUCAACUGUACCCAGAUAGAACAUCCGAAUAUCCGUCAGUUGACAGACGCCAAUAUGCCGAGCGCCGUAGUGCAUAUCUGGGGAGAGAUUUACCGAGUGAAACAGCUAAUAGAUAUGUGGAGUCGGUUGCUUUUGGCCAUGAGCAUCAGGUGUUGAAUAAUUCCAAGCUGUAUGAUCGUUUGGAGCAACCAACGGUGCUUAGGCAAGAAGAGAUGCUAAAGGGCCGUGCACUGCCAUCUGCAUCUGUUGAUGGAGGAGCUAGACAAGCUGAUUAUCUCGCAGCAAGGACUGCAGUUCAUCAUCCCCUCCAAGAUCCUAUUGCCUAUGGUGGGAGAAUCGACCCUGAAUCCCGUAAUUUAUCAAUGCUAAAUAGCUCAUCGUAUAGUGGACAGCAUUCUACAUCAAUUUUAGGAGCAGCUCCACAGAGAAGUGUUGAUGAUCUUAUUUAUGCUCAAAGUUCCACAAAUCCUGGCUAUGGAGUGAGCUUACCUCCAGGCAGGGACUAUGGAGCAGGGAAAGGGCUCCGUGGAACCUCGCGUGAAUUAGAUUAUCAAACUGGCAUGUUGGGACGUGUUAAUCAUCUGAGAGUUGAUGAGUGGAAAGAUGACAGAGCAACAUAUGGUCGGGAGCUGGAACAAAGAGAUAAAGAUAGGAACUACUUGCGUGAGCGAGAGAAAGAAAGAGAAAGGGAGAAGGAUCGCUUACGUGAACGCGAACGGGAACGAGAACGAGAGCGAGAAAGACAACGCGAAAGAGAACGUGAAAGGGAGCGCGAAAGAGAACGUGAACGUGAAAAGGAGCGUGAAAGGGAGCGAGAACGAGAACGAGAACGGAGGGAGAAGGAGAGAGAUCGAGAGCACAAACAUGGACUUGAUUUGAAGCGUGAACGAACUCCUCUUCGAGUUUCUAGGGACCGCCGAGGUUCCUCAAAAGACAUCAGAUCUCUGCGGCGAGAAUCCCCACAUCGUGAAGUUUUGCAUAGGCCUCAUUCCCCUGUUAAAGAAAAGAAGAGAGAAUAUGCCUGCAAGGUCUUUUCUUUCAGUUUCGUGGAAGCUGAGAGGGAUUAUCUGUCAUUGGACAAGCGAUAUCCCCGACUCUAUAUUUCUCCUGAAUGCUCAAAGGUGGCUGUAUACUGGCCUAAGAAGAACCUACAGCUCACUUUGUACACUCCUGUAAGUUUUGAGCAUGACUUUGUUGAAGAGGCUGCUGCAGAGAGUAAAGAAUCGCCUUCUACACUGCCCACGGCUGACAUUUCAAAAGCUGGAGGACAAACUACCAUUUGGAAUGCCAAGGUUAUUUUGAUGAGUGGACUUAGCCAAAAUGCUCAGGCAGAGCUGUCAUCUGAAAGAAUCUACGAUGACCGCAUUCCCCAUUUUUGCAAUAUGCUUAGGUUUGCUGUUCUUAAAAAGAAUAAUUCUCUAAUGGCAAUUGGGGGCCCGUGGGAUACAGUUGACGGUGGGGAUCCUUCGGUUGAUGACUCCUCUUUAGUUCGAACUGCUCUGAGGUACGCAAAGGAUGUUACUAAUCUUGAUUUGAAGAACUGUCAACACUGGAACCGGUUUCUUGAGAUUCACUAUGAGAGAGUUGGAAAAGACGGCCUCUUCAGUCACAAAGAGGUUACUGUACUGUAUGUUCCAGAUCUCUCGGAGUGUCUUCCGUCAUUGGAUUCAUGGCGAGACCAGUGGCUUAAUCACAAAAAGGCUGUUUCAGAGAGGGAGCUCCUCUAUGCCCUGAAGAAAGAGACUCCUGGAGAGAAGGAAGAAGGACCAAAAGAUAAGAAGAAACCCGAGCAUCUGAAAGAUAGUGCAGGAAAAAGUGAACUGCAGAAAAAGAAAGAGUCUACAUCUUCCGGUCAGUCUGGAGAUGAUAAUAAAAAGGAUAAAAGCAUCAAGCAACUGAAAGCCAGUGGAAAUUUAGUUUCUGAUGAGGGGAAGGAGAAAGAUAAAGCGGUUGGAGAUAAAGGCAUGGUUGGAAGCACAGAUGAAGAGAGAAAUGUUGUAAAAACGGGCCAAGGGGGAAAUUCCGCUGCUCAGAUAACUGUUGGUGCCAAACCUGGAAAGAAGAAGAUUAUAAAGAGGAUUGUCAAGAAAAAAGUAGCUAAGAAAAAAGAUUGUACAGAAAACACCACUGAGCAGAAUGAUGAACUUGACAAAGAGGUUGCUGGAGGAAAGAAUGUAAUUUCAGAAGUUGAUGGACAGCAGGAUGGCUCAUCAGGUACUCCAGUGAUUAAAACUUUUGUGAGGAAGAAAAUUGUAAAGAAGCCUGUGGCUUCUACUCAGGAGAAAGAUGAGACUACCCAGAAACCUGAGGGUGCUGAGGAUGAAGCAAAGGUUAAAUCUGAGGACUCCAAUGUGGUGUUUCAAGAGGGUGGCACCAAAACCACAGUAAAGAAGAAAGUAGUAAAAAGGGUCGCAAAGAGAAAGGCUGUCUCAGCAGAGAAUGACAGUGAGCUGGCUGAAGACAGCAUGAAAGGGGGGGGAAAGAUCAUUCAGCCUGAAGACAUUAAGGGGGAACAGAAUGAGGAAGCUGCUGGAAACCAGGUGAACAAGGUCAUUUCUAAAAGCACAAACAAUCCAAAACCAACAGCAAUGGAGACUGAUACCGUCAGCCCAAAAGUUCCUCAAGAUGAUAAUUGUAAAAAAUUAAGUGAAAGGGAAGAACAGAAGAACAAGAAAGAAAUAAAAGACCAUGCUGAAAAUGAUUCCAGAAGUAAAACAACCAGAACAGCAAAAGAAAAGAAACGAGGUGAAGAACCUCCUCGGCAUCCUGGGUUGUUUCUUCAAACAAAAGGGAGCAAGGGUUCAAAAAUCCAGUCAUUAUCUCUUUCAUUGGAUUCUCUCUUGGAUUAUAGCGACAAGGAUACUGAAGAAUCAACUUUUGAGUUAUCCUUAUUUGCCGAAUCCUUUUAUGAGAUGCUUCAAUAUGAGAUGGGGUGUCGUCUUUUGGCUUUCCUUCAGAAGUUGCGCAUUAAAUUUGUAGCAAAAAGAAACCAAGGGAAGAGACAGAGAGCAGAAACUCCCCAGACAGAAAAUGAGGAGAGCUCUCCAAGAAAGCGUGUGAAGACUGACAAGACCAUCGAAGAGAGCAAUUCAGCUAAAACUGAAAAUACUGAUGAUGUUCACCAAGGUGACGGCAAAAUUAGCAAGGAAGAGACUGAUGCUACUGAACAGGUUGAUGAGGCUAAGAUAGAGGGUGAAAUUGAUGAGGAAGACCCAGAGGAGGAUCCGGAGGAGGAUCCUGAGGAAAAUGAAGAAACGCCCGAGGCAAUCCCUCAUCAUGAGCCAGCUAUUUCGGCAAGGGAAAUGUUUGAUGCUGAAAAGAAUGCUCCUGGCGAUGCUGUUGACAAAGAUGUUACCGAGCAGAAUGAACAUCAGGAAACUGCACAGCAGACUUCAGAGACUAUUAGCAGUCUUGAGCCAAGCAAUAAAGAUAAGGUAGCUAAGGUGGAAACAAAGCCGGAAGAGAACCUGGGUGGCGUUGACAAGGAACUGCUGCAGGCUUUCAGGUUUUUUGAUCGGAAUCGGGUUGGAUACAUUAGGGUUGAAGACUUGAGGUUGAUCAUCCAUAACUUAGGAAAGUUCCUCUCCCACCGGGAUGUCAAGGAACUUGUGCAAAGUGCACUGUUGGAAAGCAACACCGGCAGGGAUGACAGAAUUCUGUAUGAUAAGCUGGUGAAGAUGCCUGAUAUUUGAAAUUAAAGGAUUUGCUUGGCCUAUGAUGUUUCAAGUAUUUUAGCAGCUGAUUCGGAUUCUCGAAUAGAAAAGGUGGUCUUAUCACCUUGAAUAUGCUCUAAUGCAUUGUUGGUCCCCUUUUUUUUGAAUCACAAGUUAUUUGCUCUUUUUCUAGGUUUCUAGUUGUGUUCAAAUUGUUCAGGCAAAGCCUUUGUGGUCGGGAGUUGCUUAACCUCGUAUCGGUAAAGGAUAAUUCAGAGAAAGGAUCCUUAAAGGACUAACUAUACAUAGAAAUCCCUCACUGC